GAACUCAUGUAGCCGUGUGCAUAUGAGCAAGAAACUAAUCCUUCAUGCCGUGGUCGUAGUAGAGUUAUUCGGGCGUCUGUGUCCAGGCUGCGUAUAGUCACAUGCACAACGACCGUUUUACUCGUGCCACUCAUUAACUAUAGUGAGCCUGAUAGUUAGGGUGGCAGCAUGUUGAGCUUCACAUGAGGGGGUCUUAUGGACAAUUUAUUACCAUGCACAUUAACGACUCAUGCUACUGCAGUUUGGGUGGUGACUCGACUUUUCUCUUCGCGGCAACAGCUGGCUGCCAACUCAGAAAAUCCACGAUGUCCUGCACUGUAGCUGAAACCACAAGACCUCUGAAAACUGAGAGGCUGAGAGGUGGCCUUUAUUCAAAACCUUGUUAUUCAUCCUUGUUCCAUAAAGGGACAUGAAAAUAUUCCCAACUUUAACAGUUUCCUUUGAGAAGUCCACUUUUGCCAUAUAAAAAAAAUGCCUUUAAAUAUUAGAGCCAAGCCGUCGCCUGGCAAGCUGUCUGCUGGCCCAAAGAGUAGUGGGCAAACUGAUGGCAGCACAUCUCAUUCACGCUUCUCACGGUCCCCUAAACAGGGGAAAGGCAAACAGGCUGCAAGCUCAGCGCCAGGCUCCCGCUCAGGGCUAGAGCCAGGCUCUGUGUCAGGGGGGGCGCCUGCACCUGCGCCUAAAUUGACAGGAGGUCAAGGGCCUGUGUCGAGGCCAAGUUCGAAGAGCAAACCUGCCACAGCAGCAGACAAAGGAGCAACUCGUGGUUCAGCGACAGCACCUGGGGGUAAAACUAUGUCUAUGGAGAAUAUCCAGUCUUUGAGCGCUGCCUAUGCCACUUCAGGCACCAUGUACCCCAGUGAGCGGGAUUCCUUGGAACCCUCUGGCGGCUACCCCAAAGGCACUAUGACGCUGGGAAGGAGCACCAGCCGCUCCUCCUACACUGGCCGGACAACAGCUAUGGGUAGCAGCCCAAACAUCACCUCCUCUGGGCUGCAUCACCCGUCAGACCCCUAUGGAGACCAAACCUUGCUUUCUGCAAGGACUUCCAGUCUGCGGCACCAGUCUGGCAGACAUCCACAGACACUGGACUCUGCUGGACGGGGUGAGGGUUCCACAUUUGAUCUCCAGUCUCAGCUGAGGGAGCUGCAGAGGGAGAAUGACAACCUGAGGAGAGAACUAGAUGGAGGGAGGGAUGGAAGGACAGGCCCCAGCUUGAACAGUGUCAACUUCUGGAGCCCCGAUGUAAAGAGAGACAAGGGGGUUAGGCGGGAGGAGGGUGUGAGGACCUCGGUUCUGAAGGACCAAUACAGGAUGAACCAAGAGGAUUUGCAGCAUGGGGAUAUCAGAAGAAACAAGCAGCUUCCGUUAACAGUUCAGGAGCUUCAGGAGGAGCUCAGGGCUCACAGGGAGAUGAACAGUCGUUUGCAGCAACAGCGGCAGCAGGGGAACUCUAGCUCCUAUCGCGAACUCCAGAUGGACCAGGACCACAGAGGGGGGCUCAGUCCUGGUCACAGCCCCAGACAAAGCCCCAGCAACCUGCACAGUCCUGGGCCGAAGAACAGCCCCAGAGCCAGCCCAUCCAACACCUACAGUCCAAGGCAACAGGAAGCUGACAUCAUCAUUCACAGCCCUGGGUAUGGCUGUAACACUGCAAUAACCAUGCAGAGAAUCAGCCCAGCCAACACCCUUCAGCCUGGGCCAAGGAACUGCCCAAAUCAGCCUCUCUACAGUACCAGCCAAGGUCCGGCGGCAGCGCCCGCCUCUAGUUCCCUCCGGCCCUGCAGCCCCUGCCAGGUGCCUGGGUGUGACGGCUUCUCCUCUCCACCUCCUGCCGAUCAGUCAGAGGAGAAUUUCUUCCGGCUGCAGUCGGAGCACGAGCGACAAGCCAAGGAGCUGUUCCUGCUGAGGAAGACCAUGGAAGAGAUGGAGAUGAGAAUCGACUCUCAGAAGCAGACGCUGGGCGCUCGGGACGAGAGCAUCCAGAGGCUGUUGGAGAUGCUUCAGGGCCAAGGUCAAGGUCAAGGUCAGGGUCACUGGGGUCGGGGACAGCGGACAGGCAUCAUCACCAUGGCAGCACAGGAGGCCGAAGCACAGCUGGAAAACAUGCAUGUGAGAGAGGAGCUCCAUCGCCGCAACCAGCUCCAGGCCGAUCCGGCCAAAACCAGGGCUCUGCAGACUGUCAUUGAUAUGAAGAACACCAACCCCCCUUUCUGUUUUGAUCCCGACGUUAUCUGGCAGGACACCAAAAUCUCUUCCCUGGAGAGGAACAUCAGAGACUUAGAGGAUGAGGUCCAGAUGUUAAAGACCAGCGGCCUGCUGCACCCUGACGACAGGCAGGAUGAGCUCAAGCAGGUGGAGGUCUACAAGAGCCACUCUAAAUUCAUGAAGACUAAGGAGCAGGCCUUGUCACCAUGUGUGCCUUCCAUCAGACCAGCUCCCACCUUCCUCCUCCCUACACAGCAGCCUUGGAUCACAGAACAAGCGGAAAUAGAGCAGCUGAAGCAGGAGCUGAACAGGAAGGAGUCAGAGAUGCAGGCCCUGCAGACCAAAUUGGAAACACUGACCAAUCAGAACUCAGACUGCAAGCAACACAUCGAGGUGCUAAAGGAAUCGCUCAGCGCCAAGGAGCAACGUGCCAGUACGCUCCAGACGGAGGUUGAUGCUCUGCGGGUGCGUCUGGAGGAGAAGGAGCAGUUCCUGACCAAGAAGACCAAGCAGCUGCAGGACCUGACUGAUGAAAAGAGCACACUAACAGGAGAGAUCAGAGACAUGAAGGACAUGCUGGACGUCAAGGAAAGGAAGGUCAAUGUCCUGCAGAAGAAGAUCGAGAACCUGUUGGAGCAGUUAAAGGAUAAGGACAAACAGCUGGCUGGGUUGAGGGAAAGGGUUCAGGGCCUCCAGACUGAUUCCAGCAACACAGACACAGCGCUGGCCACACUGGAGGAGGCUCUGUCAGAAAAGGAGCGAGUGAUUGAGAACCUCCGGGAGCAGAAGGAGCGGGAGGACAGGGUUCGGCUGGAGGAGCUGGAGCAGAUGAGGAAGGAGAACCAGGAAUUAAAGGACAAACUCUCGGCCCUGCAGCCCCAAAAACUGUCCCCGAGCCAGGCCACCAACCCGAGCCCAACCCAGAACCAGAGACCUGAUGGAGAGGUGCCAGCCAAAGUAGAUGGUCUACCAGCAGUAAGCCCCACGAUCCAAAACACAGAAGAAGCAGUCAGGAAGUGUCCGGACAUCACAGAUCGUCUGAGGCUUCUGGAGCAGGAAGUGGCCCGCUACAGAGAGGAAUCCGGGAAGUCACAAGCUGAGGUGGAGAGGCUAAUGACUGCUCUGAGGGACGCUGAGAUGGACAAGUCGUGCAAGGAGAAGAAAAUUGCCGAUCUGGAGAGGCAAAUCAAGUCUCCGAACAUCCAGAAGCAGACGGUUCCGGGUGAGAUGAGGAAAGAUGCCCUGACUGAUGGACAUCCGCACUCUUUAUCGCAGCUUACUCUUUCAGCUUCCCAGGGUGCCAUGCAGGAGACGGCGGAGCGGAUCAGGGAGUUGGAGAUGUCACUGAGGGAGAGCAUGAACACAUCCGCACAUAGGGAGGCUCUGUGGGCGCAGGAGGAGGCUGCCCGUGUUCAGGCCCAGAGAGAGCUGGAGGAGCUGAUGGGAGCUUUGGAGAAGACGAGACAAGAGCUGGACGCCACCAAACUCCGCCUGUCCUCCACUCAGCAGUCCCUGCAUGAAAGAGACGGACACCUCAACAGUCUGCGCCAGGAGAGACGCAAACAGCUGGAGGAGAUUCUGGAGAUGAAGCAGCAGGCUUUGCUGGCAGCCAUCAGUGAGAAGGAUGCUAACAUUGCCCUGCUGGAGUUAUCCUCCUCCAAACGGAAGAAAGCCCAGGAGGAAGUGAUGGCUCUGAAGAGGGAGAAAGACAGGCUCAUGCACCAGCUCAAGCAGCAGACUCAGAGCAGAAUGAAGCUGAUAGCAGACAACUACGAAGAAGAUCACAUCCACCCCCAGCAUCAUCCUCACCAUGCUCACCACUUGCAUCCAGCAAACGUGCAUCACCGAAGUCUGCCAAGAGGGCCCCCACAUGCCAACCACAGACCCCCUAUGGACCAGGAUGAUGAAGAAGGAAUAUGGGCAUGAUGAGCAGCACCAUGGGACCCCUGCAUCCAUUUGUUCAUACUGCUCGUGGAGCCACGUACCAAGAGGUUUUGAGAGCUUCAACUGGCCCACACCUCCCCAGCAUCCUGACCGCCAUAUGAACAGAUAUACACACUCCCGCUAUUUAAAUGUAUUGUGGUCAAGUCCAGUGUUCAGUCGCUCAGAAAUUUGAAUGUCACCUUCACUGACAUGCACAGUGGCCCACUGAGGACCCACAGCCCGCUGUGGGUGAAUGUCCCCCAACAGAGCAUCAGCCAUCAGUGCGCAGCUUCAAGGUAUUGGCAAGCGGUCCACUGCCUUGAUUUCCCUCGCUGUUUCCAAUAGACUGGGAGCUGGAUUCAUUUUACAGUAUCACGGUGCUACAGAGCUCUGGCUUCACAUCAACCGACAAUAACCACUUUCGACUACUAGUGUGGCUAAGGCUGAGCCAGUGGAACUAGCCGUAAACCCAUGCCAAUUCCUGACUGGUUAAUGAUGGCAUGAAUGUGCUUACUUCUGCAGCUAAAUAUCAGACUUUUGUAAAUAUCACAACAUGGACCUCAAAAUCCACAAUCCACAAGAGACCUUCUCGAUGUACCGUGCCAAAGGAGACAUCCCUGUCUGCUGAAACAAAUUACUGAAAAGGGGACUGCAUCAUCUGAAUCAUUUGGGCUAACCACCUAGUCACUCAUAUGUCUGACUAUCUCCCAUUUCCUCCAGAGAGAUCAACAAGAAAAAGCAAAUUUCUGCUUGAAGAUGCCUCCCCCCCAAAAAAACAAACAAACAAACAAACAAAAAAAAACAAAAAACUGUUUGGAGGAUCAACUUACACCUUCUCUAAAAAUCAGGACCUUAAUUAACAGGGGAGGAAACACAGCUGACCUGAAAUCAGCCAGAUUACUGUAAGAACAGUGUGUUUAUACAUUUCUCCUUGUGUUCUUUUAGCCUGCUGUGCGUUUGUUUAAUGAACCGAUAUCAUGUUCUGUUUGCUUUUCUACAUCCGAAACAGUUUUGAGUGCCACUCUUCUUCUUCUUCUUUUUUUUUUUUGAAGUUGUAACAGCUGUGUGUGACUUACUGCACUGAUGAGUGAUGUAUUAUUUUGUUGUCUGUUUAUUGAUCCUGUGAAUCUGAGUGGCUCAUCUGUUUAUAAUGAAGUGACUUGCAUUUGAAAGCACUGUGUUAUUACUUUUUUUUCACUGUACUGGAGGUGGAUCUGAGGUGGCGAUUAUGUACAGUAUUGUUGUGUUUUGAUUCAACAGCUUAACAGUGUUUCCAUUUGGCCCUUACCUAAUAUGUACAGUUUUUGUACAGUGUGUGUGCGUGUGUGUGUGUGUGUGUGUGUGUGUGUGUGUGUGUGUGUGUGUGUGUGUGUGUGUGCAUGUGUGUGUGUGUCUGUCUGUGUGUGUGGUUUUGUGCUGCUCUCAUGAUUGUGAUGACUGUGAAAGUUUGGGGGGGAACAGUAUUCACCCUGACUUGUUCCACAGUGUUUUGCAGUGGUCAGCUUGUCUCUGUUGUUUGAAUAAAAGUUGUUUUCACAAGAA